AUGCCGUCGCCACCUCGACUCCGCGCUGCCGCGGCCACCACCCUCUCCGCCUCCUCACCCCACCACCACCCCCGUCCCCCCGCCACCUCUCGUCAGCGCCGUCCUCACGCGUCCCCGACCUCGCGCCCUCCCUGUCCUGCCCCGACCCCGUUCCUGCCGGAGCUCGGAGGCCCCCCUCCACCGACGCCCUGCCGCGGCGGCCCCGGCCCCCAUCCACCCUUCCCCGGCAGCUGCCCCCCGGCCUCCCUGCUGCCCGCUGCACCAACGCCCAAGACGCCCCCUCCGACACCUCCGUCACAUUCAGUGAAUGAACUGGAGGAGCCGGAGGAAACCGCAAAGGGCUUCCUGGAUAUCUUGGCCUUGUCAAAGAAACCUCUUUAUGAGGGUGCCAAGCUCUUUGUGCUGGAUGCCAUCUCGCAACUGACGGUAGUCAAGGCUGAGUACGGCUGUAGCUGA